AAAAAAAAAUUUUUUCGCGGUAACAAUCAACACCUUCGUUCUUCGGACCAAACAAAAAAAUUAUUCAUUUGGUCUUUUCUUUUUUGAAUUUAGUAUUGUAUAGAAAAUGUAUAGACUUAAUGCUAUCACUCGACCAAGAACUUUCUUGAGUAAUAAUCGAAUUGCGGUGCGUGCUGCUAAAAUUAGUCCCCCUUUAACAUAUAAAGGAGUUCGUCUUUAUUCUGAUGCUCAUGAAAGUGAAACUUUUGAAGAAUUUACUGAACGUUAUGUUAAAUUCUUUGAAGGAGUUGAUGAUCGUUUUGAAUUAUCGAGAGGUUUAAACAAUUGUUUUGCUCAUGAUUUAGUACCAGCUCCAUCUGUCAUUGAAGCUUCACUUAGAGCUGCUAGACGUGUAAAUGAUUUUUCAACUGCUGUUAGAGUUUUUGAAGGUUUGAAACAAAAAGUUGAAAAUGAUGGUCAAUAUAAACAAUAUUUGGAAGAAUUGAAGCCAAUUAAAGAAGAAUUGGGUAUUUUGACCAAAGAAGAAUUAGGUCUUUAAAAAAAAUAUAUAUAUUAUAUAUUUAUUUGGUGAGUAUUUGAAUUCUCUCUCUUUUUUUUUAUUUUUUUAAUUGUACAAAUAAUGUGAGAAUUUUAAUUUAGGAUUAAAUCUUAUGUAUAUAAAAAAGAAAUAAAUGAUGAUAUU